CUUAAAAGUUCAGAACACACACAGACACACACUAGGAAAACAUAACUAAAAUGGAAACUUCAAUUCCAAAGAAUUUCAGAAACAUAGUUCUAAUAUUUUUGUUCCUUAUUUGUUGGAGUAAAGUUUUUGCAAGAACUCAAGAAGAUGACAAAGUAACAGAACUGCCUGGGCAACCAACUAGUCCACAAGUCUCACAAUUUUCUGGUUAUAUUACAGUCAAUAAAACUAAUGGAAGGGCUCUUUUUUACUGGUUUUUUCCCUCUCAGUCUGAAUCUUCCAAGAAACCCCUUCUACUUUGGCUUAAUGGUGGCCCUGGUUGCUCUUCAGUUGGAUAUGGUGCUGCUGUGGAGUUAGGACCUUUGCUAGUUAAAAACAAUGGGGAUGGUCUUGACUUCAACAUUUAUUCUUGGAAUAAAGAAGCCAAUUUGCUGUUUUUGGAGUCUCCAGUUGGAGUGGGAUUCUCAUACACCAAUACUUCCUCCGAUUUAACCAACUUAGAUGACAACUUUUCUGCUGAAGAUGCUUACAAUUUCCUAGUGAAUUGGUUGGAAAGGUUCCCCGAGUUUAAGAACCGCGAAUUUUUCAUAUCAGGAGAGAGCUAUGCUGGACACUACGUGCCCCAACUGGCAGAGCUCGUAUACAACAGAAAUAAAGACAGCAAAAAGUAUCCUUAUAUUAAUCUCAAAGGCUUCAUAGUUGGUAAUCCUGAGACGAAUGACUACUAUGAUUAUAAAGGGAUAUUAGAAUAUGCUUGGAGUCACGCGGUAAUAUAUGAUUCGGAGUAUGAGAAAGCCAAACAAGUAUGUGAUUUCAAGCUCUCCAACUGGUCGGAUGCAUGUAAUGACGCAAUGAAAGUAGUUUGGGAUAAAUAUGAAGAAAUCGACAUCUACAACAUUUAUGCUCCCAAAUGUCUCCGGAAUAGCUCCUCUUCUUCUGCUAGUCUUACUGUCAGUGGACAUGAAUCUUCUAAACUCAAGUUGCAGGCACUUAAUCAUGCGUUCAGGAGGAUGAAACGAAUUCCGGGGGGUUAUGACCCCUGUUAUACCGCGUUUACUGAAGAGUAUUUCAAUCGGUUAGAUGUUCAAAUUGCCCUCCACGCAAACAGUGAAGGGCGUCAUACUAGAGUAAAAUGGCAAAGUUGCAGUGAUCCCGUGUUCCAGAAGUACAACUAUAAUGUGUUCUCUGUCCUGCCAAUAUACAAAAAGCUUAUCCAAGGGGGCCUGAAGAUUUGGAUUUUUAGUGGGGAUGCAGAUGGACGAGUGCCAGUAAUUGGGACGCGAUACUGCAUUGAAGCCCUUAAUCUGACUCUGAAGUCCGAAUGGCAUUCGUGGUUCCACAAUCAUCAGGUGGCAGGACGGAUAGUGGAGUACGAAGGGCUGACAUUUGUGACAGUAAGAGGAGCUGGUCAUCUAGUACCUCUAUACAAGCCAAGUGAAGCUCUAGCCCUCAUCCAUUCUUUCGUAACCGGUGAAGAACUCCCUGCUCACAGAUAAACGUCGAUUAUAUCCCAUAAUAAGUCUAUCAGAUAAAAAUCUCGUUGAUGAUUCAUUACCAAUCUGUCAUUUUACUGCACGAAGUUACCUAAUGUUCUCUACCACUUAAGGGCGGAGAGAUGUUGACCUUUCUCUGUAGCAUUAUACUUCUUUCUUGGUUAUAACUUAUACUGUAACAAGAAUCAAGACUUCAGAUAUCAUUGCAAAUUGUACCUUUUAAAAUUGUAUAUUAAUGAAUUUGAAGGUGGUUUUCUUCUUUUCCUUAA